CGUGACUGCUCUAGGAAGUGUUUUUUGACAUAAAUAUCGAUGGAUGCGAUCUUUCAUCGAACUCGACUGUCGAGGGAGAAGGUGCUGAUCGGUGUUGGACCAGAGAAUGUGGAAGGUUGUGUGGGCAGCACUGCUGCUUCUGGCCACUGUGUGUGUCCAGAGAGGCUAUACCAAGGAGGCCAAGGGAGCACAGAGCCUAGGUCAUGUGUCAGUGGUCAUAGUGGGAGGUACAGGUGACUUGGCUAAGAAGUACCUGUGGCAGGGCUUCUUCCAUCUGUACGCUAACCAGGUCAGUAGCGGCUACAGCUUCUCCUUUUAUGGCGGAGGCCUGUCGCCCAACGAUAAGGCCACGCCGAUCCUGUUUGAAGUGCUGAAGGGAGUGGUCUGUCCUCGGGAGUUGUCUGUGGAGCGCUGUGCCCUGGUGAAGGAGCAGUUCCUGAGGCUGGCUGAGUAUCGGCAGUUGAAUACUUCGGAGGACUACCAGGCCCUGGGCAAACACCUAACAGAGCAGCUGAGGCAGGAGGGCAUAGUGGAGGCCGGCAGGCUGUUCUACCUGUCUGUGCCAGCCUUCGCUUAUGCGGAAAUUGCAGAAAAGAUCAACUACAGCUGCAGGCCGACUGACGGGGCGUGGUUGAGGGUGGUGCUGGAGAAGCCAUUUGGCCAUGAUUUCAGUAGCGCCCAACUCCUGUCCACUCAACUGGGUGCCUCCCUCAAAGACAACGAGAUGUACAGGAUCGACCACUAUUUAGGGAAGCAGGUUGUCUCUAAGAUUUUGCCAUUCAGAAGGGAGAACAGCAAGCAUCUGGAUCUUAUCUGGAACAAGCACCACAUUGAGAGAGUUGAGAUUGUACUGAAGGAGACCCUGGAUGCCAAAGGUCGCAUCUCCUUCUAUGAACAGUAUGGCGUGAUCAGGGACGUGAUACAGAACCACCUGACUGAGGUCAUGACCCUUCUGACCAUGGAGCUCCCAUCCAACCUGAGCAACACUAAGGAAGUCCUCAAGAACAAGCUGAAGAUCUUCAGUGCCUUGCAGCGCCUGGACAAGAACUGUGCUGCCAUUGGUCAGUACCAGGCCUACAAUGCAGAGUUACAGGAAGAACUGAGCAAAACAAGGGAACACUUCAGCCUCACCCCCACCUUUGCAGGUAUAAUGGUGCACAUUGACCUAGCCCAGUACGAGGGCAUGCCAGUCAUUCUGACCUCAGGGAAGAUGCUGGAUGAGCGCGUAGGCUACGCUCGCAUUCUGUUCAAGAAUGACAUCUUCUGUAUCCAGAGCCACAGCAGCGUCCACUGCAAGCCCAAGCAGAUUGUGUUCUACUUUGGCCACGGCACUCUGCAGUACCCAGCCAUUCUCGUGAGUAAGAACCUGUUCAAGCCAGACCUGAUGGACACUGAGUGGAAGGAGGUAACAGAACACAAAGAUGUCAGUGUAUUAGGUUUGCCCAUCUCAGACUACUACGUGCUGACACCAACGGUGGAGAGGGAGGCUUACGCAGAACUCAUUUUGCACAUCUUCCAAGGCCGGAAGGACAGCUUUAUCAGUGCUGAGAACCUGCUGGCCUCCUGGAGUUUCUGGACACCUCUCCUGCAGAGCCUGGCCGACACCUUUCCCCGCCUGUAUCCCGGGGGAGCGGACAAUGGCAACAUGCUGGAUUUCAAACUGUUGGGACGGAAGUUGACCUUCGCCAAUGAGGCACUGGUCAUGGUCACCCAGGACCACAUGGGCGGAUCUGGGAGGGAGAGCUUCCAGGUGAUGCAGGGUAAGUACCGCAGCGCUGACAUGGUGUCUGCCUGGCCCGAGGAGCUCAUCGUGCGGCUGGCCGGAGACCUGCAGGUUGCAGCGGAGAACGCGGUAAGGGAGGGCGGACGCUUCCACCUCGCCCUCUCCGGGGGCUCCAGUCCCCUAGCUCUGUUUCAGAGGCUGGCCCGUCACCACUACUCCUUCCCCUGGAGGGACACCCACGUGUGGAUGGUGGACGAGCGAUGUGUGCCUCUCACAGAGUUGGACUCCAACUUCCGCACCCUGCACGACCACCUGCUCCAACACGUGAAGAUGUCCUACUUCAACAUCCACCCCAUGCCGGUGCAGAUGAACCAGCGGCUGUGUGUGGAGGAGGAUAGUGGAGCGCUGCUCUAUGAGAGCGACAUCACCCAGUUGGUUAAUGCUUCCAGCUUCCACUUUGUCCUGCUGGGAGUGGGCUACGACGGCCACACUGCCUCUCUGUUCCCAGGCAGCAAACUAGAUGCAAGUGUGAACAGUCUAGUAGCCUUCACCGAGAGCCCAGCCAAGCCUCACCAGCGUAUGAGCCUCACCCUCAAGGCUAUCAACCAGGCCCAGAAAGUAGGUGUGCUGGUGAUGGGUAAGAGCAAACAUGAGCUGGUCACUCAGCUCAGUCGAGUCAAGGACAACCCAAAACAUUGGCCCAUCACUGGGAUCCGGCCGACCAGUGGCAGGCUAGUAUGGUACAUAGACUAUGAUGCUCUUUUAGGAUAGGGGAUACUGUAGCAAUGAAAUUAUGUGGAUUAAAUUAAUGAUUUGGAUUAAAUUAAUGAUUUGCUGUAGUUUUACUCUUUUGCUGUAUUUUGACCAAGAAUGUAAAGUACUGAUAAAGUUC